AGAAUUUUCUAAUCAUAGUUUUCUAUUAGUCAUCCGUGCUUGUUGGUUGAUACUCCAGGCGGCGUACGCUUUUCCUCCAAUUAUAGCACUCGCCCACCUUUUCAGUCAGCACCGUGUUUUUCUUUCUUUCUUUCUUUUUUUUUUAUUCCGAUUGUUGUUUUCUUGGGUUCAGUUACAUGUUGAUUGUUCUUGUUCUGGGAGAAACGGAAAUAUGAUGUGGGUUAUGGGAAUAGGAGCUGGGCUGAUGAGUAUUGCGGGUCAUGCUACUCCAAUUAGAGAGUUGCACUGGCUCUCAUCUGUUUUUGUUGGGAUUUUGAUGUGCAAGAUUGUUUACGAUCUAACAGGAGUAAUUAGCACUUCUUUUUUCAAAGGAUAUAAUAAGCUUAACAAAAAAGAGAAGCUUGAAUGGAACAACAGGGGGUUCUCCACUUUCCAUGCAAUAGUUGUGGCUGCUGGUUCUCUGUAUUUCUUGCUUGUUUCAGACCUUUUUGUUGAUACUCAAGAUGGGUUGAUUAUCAAUAAAUCCUCAACUUUGUCAGACACCAUAUUGGGGGUUUCAAUUGGGUACUUUUUGAGUGACUUGGCAAUGAUUAUCUAUCACUUCCCAGCUUUAGGUGGCCUGGAAUAUAUCAUACAUCAUGGGCUCUCUGCAUAUUCGAUCACUCUGUCCCUAUUAAGCGGUCAAGCACAAAUCUAUAUACUCAUGGUUCUCUUUACUGAAAGCACAACCCCAUUUGUUAAUCUCAGAUGGUGUCUUGAUGUUGCUGGUCUGAAGAAUUCCAAACUCUACAUUUACAACGGUGUUGCAUUGUUCUUUGGUUGGUUGGUUGCAAGGAUUAUUUUGUUUGUGUUCUAUUUCUACCACAUGUUUAUCCAUUUUGAUCAGGUCAAGAAAGUCUUCCCCUUGGGCUUUUACAGCUUGGUUACAGUUCCUCCGGUGCUGUCACUGAUGAAUCUCUUCUGGUUUUGGAAAAUCGCCAGAGGUAUGGUAAAAACGUUGAGAAAGUCUAGACACAGCCAGUGAGUGUUUCUUGAGGAUCAUAUAUUCUUUAGCAUAUUUGUGUAUAUAACUUCAAAUUGGCUCUACUGAUUAUAGAAUUUACACUGAGCAACUGUAAAUUUGUUCUUCCACCCGACACUAGCGAAUCAGCGUAUCGUUCAAAAUCACGUACAGGAUUUAAACCCUGGGUUGAGAAAAUCUGUGUACAGGGAUCAUGCUGUGUUCUUAUUUAGUGGAGCUUUCUCAUUACUUGCUCAGUU